AUGUUGGUGAGGGCGGGCGCGGCGCUGCUCGGUCUACCCCGCCGCCCCCCCCUCUGGAUAGGUGGGGGCGGAGGGAUGAGGCGGCUGAGCGGGGGCGCCCCUCCCCCACCCGCGGCUGUUCGGUGCUUCCCGCUCAGCCGCGCGCUCCUGCGCGUGCAGGGACCCGAGGCGGCCACGUUCUUGCAGGGCCUGCUCACUAAUGACGUGGCGCGACUGAUGUGGGGCGGGGCGGACCGUCCCCCGGAGGGCGGGGUUCCCUCGCCCCCUCCACGCGCUCAGUACACGCAUGCGCUCAACGUGCAGGGCCGGUGCCUCUUCGAUAUCCUCCUCUACAGGCUUCAUGAAAGUCAAGAAGAGGAACCAAAUAUCCUGCUGGAGUGUGACUAUUCAGUGCUGGAUUCUGUUCAAAAGCAUUUGAAAUUGUACAAGAUCCGGAGGAAAGUAGACAUAACCCCCUGCCUUGAUCUCUCGUUAUGGGCAGUCAUCCCAGAGGAACAGUCUGGAGAUGUUUCCAGUACCCUUGAGAAAUGUGCAGACAAAACUUUGGUUUUAACUCCUGAUCCCAGAGUAGAAGUCAUGGGUUGGAGAUUAAUUACAAACAAAGAGGAAAAUCCACUAGAAAUUGUCCCUGGAAGUCAUAUAGGAAAUAUUAGCGAUUAUCAUAAGCACAGGUACAAACAAGGAAUAGCUGAAGGCGUAAAAGACAUCCCCCCAGGAGUAGCCUUACCACUGGAAUCCAACCUGGCCUACAUGAAUGGAAUCAGCUUUACCAAAGGCUGUUAUAUUGGACAGGAGUUAACAGCUAGGACCCACCACACGGGUGUCAUCCGCAAACGCCUGUUGCCAGUGCAGCUUUCAGCUCCUUUGCCAUUGGGAAGCAUCCCCGAGGGGGCUGCGAUCGUAACUGAAUCGGGAAAGUCAGCUGUACUUGAGCAAGGUGUAUUACAGAAGGGUCCUUGGGAGCUGGGCCCAAAGGCAGAAGGAGCCUGAUGCAUCAGCGAGUCACUGACAAAACAAGGGCUAACGUGGAGAAGCACAUAGGAGAGCAGAGACAUAUUCAGCAAAGUCUGUAAAGUUCACCUUGUGGAGUUCCUGCCGCUUGCUUCCCCUUAAGGGAGAGGUGUAUGGGGAGGGAGAUUAAGGAGACUUGGGCUGUGCUGGGCAACUAGGCUCCAUCCCUGACGAUCCUUGACCCAGCCACAGCACUCUUGGGGCCCACGCGCUCCCUCUGUGCCCUGUACCGUACUUCCCUCGCUCAAAGAGAGUGAAGACAGGCCGAUUAUUGCUGGUUGUAUCAGUCCCAUGGGAAUUUGCAAGGUACAGAGGAGAUCUCUAUACUGACUUCCACUAGCUGGUUAGCUCACCCAAAGCUAAGGUCCCACCGCUAUGCAGAGAGGGACUUCCACGGGCUCUGGGACCAUAGAGGAGUCUGUCACAGAGCUACUGCUCCCCAGCUGUGUGUCUGGGAGCUUUGCUGAGAGUUUUUGUUUCCUCCCACGACAUAGUGGAUGGUUACAUACAGGGGUGGCUCUAGCUUUUUUGCCGCCCCAAGCACGGCAGGCAGGCUGCCUACAGCGGCAUGCCUGCGGGAGGUCCGCCAGUCCCGCGGAUUUGGCGUACCCGCCGCCGAAUUGCUGCCGAAUCCG